AUGAAAGAAGGAGAGACGAUCACAGAGUAUUUUGCAAGGGUCAUGGCAGUGGCAAAUAAGAUGAGAAGCAAUGGAGAAGAAAUGCCUGAUUCUAAAGUGGUUCAGAAAAUUCUCCGAACUUUGAAGGAGAGGUUUACCUAUGUGGUCGUGUCAAUUGAGGAGUCCAAGAACACUGAAUCACUCUCAAUUGAUGAGCUGCAAAGCUCUCUUGUAGUUCACAAGCAAAAAUUCAAGAGAGUGACCAGCUAUGAAAGUGAUCAAGCUCUCAAGGUAGAAGAUCGAGCAGGAGGCAGAGGCCGUGGAAGAGCACCAUUACGAGGAAGAGGACGUGGAAGUGGGCACCAAACCUUCACCAGAGCAACGGUGGAGUGCUUCAAGUGUCAUAAUCUAGGACACUUUCAGUAUGAGUGUCCCAAGUGGAAUAGGGAAGCCAAUUAUGCUCAGCUAGACGAAGAGGAAGAGCUGAUGUUGAUGGCAUACGUCGAAAAACAUGAUGCAAAGAGGAGUGACGCCUGGUUUAUUGACUUAGGUUGUUCGAAUCAUAUGUGUGGGAAUAGAGGUAUGUUCUUAAGUUUAGUAGAUGAACUUAAACAUUCAGUGAAGUAUGGCAACAACACUAGAAUGACAGUGGUCGGAAAGGGUAGUGUGAAGCUGGUGUUUAAUGGUACGAGCUUUGUUAUUUGA